UUUGACACUUUGAGGUUAUGUAUUCAUUGUAAACAAAUGUAUUCAGUUGUUUUUUUGGUAAUAUCAAAAUCGAAAAAGUUUUAUUUAAAAACACAAAGAAUUGCUUGAAGUGCAAGCAUUGAAAAUGAGCCCAGCAACAACCCAAAAACCGUUUGCUCAUUCCGAAGCAUACAAAAUCAAUGGAAUUCAUACCGAAAUACUAUUGCACAAAUUCACCAAUAAAUACUUGCUGAUCAUCACACAAUACGAAAAGGUGAACAACGUCUUCAUUGCGUGCAAUGAUGUUGCACUUACUGGUAUCGUUCAAAAUCGUUCGUUAAAUGUGAAACAUCAAUUUGGUGUGAUCACCGAUGAAGUGGAAUGCGGCGUUCGAUUUUUCUUGACAAAUAUGCAAUUACCGAACUUCGAUAAAGAUAUGGAUGUUGUCGUUUGUUUGGGCUUAAAAGAGUACAAUGGAACGAUACUGAGACAAAUUGCAAGCGUUCUAAGUCGAUUGGGACAAACGAGUUGAGGAAUUACCAAUGUAACACGGAACUCUCAAGGUCAACGUAAAUCGAUGGUCACUUUACACCAUAAAACUUGUUGUGAACCAUCGAGUUCGGUGGAAGAAAAAAUAUGUUAAUUCUU